GAUGAUGAUCAACCACCACCCCACCCAACCAUCUUCAAUCACUCAUCCUUCAACUCCAAGAAAGCAUUUUAUUCACCUAAACUCCUCAACCAAUUCUUCAUUUCCCCAUAUUUUUUAAAUUUCCCUCUUUAUUGUCCAAAUUUCCCCUGUUUUGAAGUUUUGAUAUUCUAGGAAAAUAUGUCUAUGGUUUCAAGAUUAUUGGUGUUUUCAUUGUUUAUCAUGUUAAUCUCUUUGGCACGUCGUAAAGGGAUGGUAAUGGCCAUUGAUGAAGAUGCAAAAGCGCUUUGUAGUGUAAAUCUUGCUCAAUUUCUUCCUCCUCCUUAUGGUGGUCUCGAAAAUAUGGUCUGCCAACCUAUUUGGAAUUCUUUCCUGUUACGUUACUCACAGACUAAAGACAAUGUUGUCACAAUUGUAUUAUCAACUGUAUACACAACUGGAUGGGUAGGAAUGGGAUUCUCGCGAGAUGGAAAGAUGAUCAACUCGAGUUGUAUGGUUGGUUGGGUGAAUCCUCAAGGACAGGGCAAAAUCAAGCAAUAUUAUGUUGAGGGCUUAACACCCUCGAAAAUUAAACCUGAAAAAGGCGAGCUGCCACUAACAAGCGUUCCACCACUCGUCUAUCUUCAAGGUGCCACAAUAUACUUGGCCUUCCAGUUGAAGUAUCCGAAUCGUCUAAAAAACCAACCAAUCUUACUUGCAUUUGCAACUAAAUAUCCUCAUCACCACCACCUUACUGUACAUGAUGAUAAAACAACUAUAUUGUUCGACUUCUCUUCAGGUAAUUCAUUUGAUGUUUCAUCUGGACCUAAUGACUACACUAGCUCAAGGAAGACUCAUGGGGUAUUAGGAAUACUGGGAUGGGGUCUAUUCUGCCCCUUUGGAGCGAUUUUCGCAAGAUACUUAAAGAGCCAAAAAUUAUGGUAUUACUUUCAUGUAUCUGCUCAAUUCAUAGGAUUCAUAUUAGGACUCGCCGGAUUAGUUCUUGGACUUCAACUUCACAACAAGCUGCAAGUUCAUAUUCCAGCACAUGAAGGCAUUGGCAUUCUUGUUCUUGUGCUUAGCAUUCUUCAGGUGCUAGCAUUCUUUCUACGACCAGAUAGAGACAGCAAAUACCGCAAGUGUUGGAAUUUGUAUCACGGUUGGGUAGGGAGGAUUGCCCUCUUCUUUGCAGCUGUGAACAUAGUACUAGGGAUGCAUUAUGCAGGCGCGGGGGAGAGCUGGAAAAUAGGUUAUGGAUUUCUUCUUGGUACUAUAAUGCUGGUGUGUAUCGUUCUUGAGACGUUGUUGAGGCUGAAGAAGCUGGAUGAGCCAAUUCGUCCUCCAACGUAUCCCAUGAAUUCAAUUUAGAAGGAUAUCAAAAGCAUAAAUGGGUGUAUGAGAUUGAUGCUCGAUUUUGCCUGUCAAGUCAUUUUUGGAUCUAGUUUCUUCCACGACUAGAUAUAUUUUCAAGGAUCAAUUUAGGUUCGAGAUGUUCUUCAGAGGAGAUUUUUCCACAUCGCGUCAAAGGAUCAAAGCAAAUUCUCAGGACUAUUGAUCAAACACCUCUGAUAUUGCUGUCAAAUUUUCAUUAUGAACAAGAAAGAAUUGAACUUUCCAUUUUGUAUUUUACAUUCUUUAGUACCUUUGAAUGGUUAAACUGUAUUGACAAUUUUGUUUAAGAGUGAAGAUUGGUUGUUUGUGUAGAUUAAAUGCAAAACUGUAUGAAAUGACCAGUGUGUAAUUUUCCCUGCUAUUCAUCAGAG